UCCUAUGCACUAUACACACAGAUGAAAGACGUUUCGCGAUGUGUGAGUCAGUAGUUUACGUUUAAUCAUUACACAUUGUGUCCGUGAAGCAAGUCAGUCGCGUUAGGGUAGCGCCAAGAAAACGUCGUUCUCAGUAAGGCCACGACUGCACGGACUUUAGUGUUUGUUUGUGGUUGUGAUGUGGACAGCGAAGGACGAUCAACAGAGCGAUGCACCGGGACGCACAAGCACCAACUCGGAAGUGGUGCUGGUGGACGGCCAGGGAUUGGCCCCCGCUUCCACGCCUCCGACAAUAGCUAAUCUCAAUGUCACGAAAUCAUCCCGCGUCCACAUCGGCCCUAAGUUCGUUUCCGUCACGCAGAAUCUACAUAACACCAAUGAGGUCAAAGGCCGUUUUCUGGGCCUAGAGUUGGUGUCACCUAAAGGCUCUCGCAGGCUGCGCUGCAGCGUGGCCGUCUUCGUGUGUUGGGCCUUUCUUGUAGCAUCUGGCCUAGUUAUCUACGUCGUCUCCGUCGCCCUGCCAAGGCCACAGGGUCGUCUAGACAUAGGUUUGAAGGUGCCGUGGUACCUGCGACGCGGCGACUGGCAAGCGAUGCCGCCUUACUCGAUAGAUUUUCUCGAACUGCCUCUUUCGUAUGUAAUCAUCGGCCACUCUGCGGCCAAUUUCUGCGAAAAAAGGUACGAGUGCAUUGAGCAGAUGCUCGUCAUACAACAGGAUCACUUACGAAGAGGAUUGAGCGAUAUCGGCCCUAACUUUCUAGUAGGCGGUAAAGGUUUUGUAUUCGAAGGCAGAGGUGCGAAUGUUUUUGGUGCCAUGGUGACUUCUUGGAACGUGAGAAGUAUAACAAUAAUGUUCAUGGGAAACUACGUGACUGACUUCCCGAAUCAGGAACAAUUUGAUCAUCUAAAUAUACUUUUAGACGUACUCGUCAGAGAAAGAAUUCUUGUGCCGGAUUAUACAUUGUACGCCCAAUGUCAGUUACAGCCUGCCACUGUCGCUCCCGGCCGCCACGUGCUCGCUCUCAUGGAUAACUUCGCAAAUUGGAAUUCUUUUAAUAGAAGCGGCUGUCUUGAUAGCUGAUAAGUAUAAAAACGUCUUUAAAGCAUAGAUAUAUGUAUAAAAAUAGGACAAACUAGAAUCAGCUUUGAUGCUAUAUAAAGAACCUAUUGCCGCCUUUAUAAAAAAAAGAGAUAUAAUGGUCGGAGCACCUAAGCUGAUAGAUUAAGCUGAAACGACAAUCUGUGUACAGACUUCAGACUUCUGAAGUAAGUACUAACAGCUAUGAAAUUAAAGAGAAAUCAAAUAAAAGCCGUAGAGAGGGAAAUGGUGACUGAUGACGGCAAUUGCGUGAAUAACAAUUGUUCUUGUUAUAAUUGUUCUUUAUAUUUUAAUAUAUAAAGCUUUCAUUAUUAAGUAAGUAAAGGACAAUUAGCGAAAUGCUGAUGAAUCAAUGCAAGUGGUAAACGAGUAAAUUUUGCUAUCGGUUUGUAAGAUUUAAUAAAGCAAGUAUAUUUAGUUUUUAUAUAUCGUAACCCAAGCUCCUUUUAAAUGGAAUGUGCGAAAAUUUAAGUUGAAUAUUUAUUUAUCAAAGAUAUGUAACUUAAAACAGCUUAAAUUAUUGUGAUAUUUGAAUAAUUCUUUAAAAUUACGAGUAAAGUUUAGUAACAUAACUAAUGUUUAUGUUACAAAAACAAAAAAUGACAAUUAGUAAAAAUUCGUCAUAUUCGCCAUAACAUUUUUGCUGUUCUAUU